UUCAAGGACACACACACACACACAUCACAAAUACACACAAUGGAAGAGGCAUCGAAUGGCCGAACUUCGAAGGGCAAGAAAGCAGUGGAGCAAGAACCGAAAAACAAGGUUAACAAAUCGAAUGAUAUUGAAGGCACCCAGUAUCUCACCGGGGAAUGGACCAAGAAGAAAACCACAAAGGCAAAGGCAUCGAAUGCCCAAAGCUCGAAGGGCGAGGAAGUGGAGGAGGACAACGGAGAUCUAAAGAGGACUAUCCAAGACCUGGAGGACAAGAUUAGGGCACAGAAUGUUAAAAUUAAAGACAACCAGACUCGCAUCGGGAAAGUGACCAUGGAGAAAGAUAAUGUGGAAGAGGAUAUCACAGAGCAGAAGAAUAAGGAAACAGAGACCGGAAGAAAGAUUGAUAGGCUGGACUUGAGGAAAGGAAAGCUGGUGGAGAAGAUAGGGAAUCUGGACUUGCAGAAAGAAGAAGUGGUGAAGGAGAAAGCAAAGCUGGGAAAGGGUAUCACAGAGCUGAAGAGGAAGGAAAAAUAUACGGGAACACAGAUUGCAGAUCUGAAAAAGAAGGAAAAUACGCUGGUGGAGGAGAAAGGAGCGUUGGCAAAGGAGCUAGAUGAGAAGAAAACUAUGAGGAUUGAUAAUCUGGAGAAGAGGACCGAAGAGCUGGCGAAGGACAAUGGGGAACUAAAGAAGGACAAUGAGAAGCUGGUGCGUAAAGAAAGAAAGACCAGAGAGGAGAAGAGGGAACUGAAAAACAGCUACGACACGCUGCAGGACAAGUACGAUGGGAGAUGCUGCAGCUCUUGCUCAAUUUGUUGACAGUCUCGGUACGGCCUGUUACUACAUGAU